AAGAUGCAAGUGAGUUCCGGCUAAUGGAACAGCAGGGCUGGCGAGAGGAAUAAUAAACAGCGAUGGGAGAAAUAUUUGAGUUUGCGAGCAAAUUUAGUUUAUAUUCCGUGACCCAGCUGAACGAGUUGCUCGAAGAUGACGAAAAGCUUAAUAAAAUCGUCAAAGAAAUGGACGAGAUGCAAGAGGUUCAGCAGUCUAAGGAGAUGACCCUUGCCAGUAAUCGCAGUCUUGCAGAACAGAACCUUAGCCUACAACCUUGCCUGGACCAACAGAAGAUGCAGUUAACCAAGCGAUACUGCUGUUUACAGGAGCUCUUUGAGGCCUACCAGCUCCGCAAGUCCACUCUAGAUCACAGUUCAGGGAAAAGCUCACUGGAUACUCUAUUAGCCUUGCUGCAAGCUGAGGGAGCCAAGAUUGAAGAGGAAACAGAGAACAUGGCUGAUUCUUUCCUCGAUGGAGAUUUGUCUUUGGAUACUUUCAUCGAAGCCUACCAGAGCAAGAGGAAGCUGGCUCAUUUGCGGCGUGUAAAGAUUGAUAAGCUGCAGGAGAUAGUGCUCAAAUGCUUCCAGAUGCCACAGGCCUCAGUUAAUCAGCCUGUGCAGCCUCACAUCCCCAAUUCUCCUGUGCCCUUCCAUGGCCAAGCUAAUGGCUCCCCAGUUCCUCUGAGACCACCACCCACCCCACCAUCUCAACCAACAGGGCAGCAGUUGGCUUUAUCAUACCCAGCAGCUCCCUACCCUUCUGUCCCUCUACCUAAUAUGGUGCCAUCAUACUCUAGUCCAUUUAUACAGCAGUAUGCACCAGCACUUCCUCAGAGGCCCAGUCCUGGUCUACCCCCAAGGACUGGCUUCAUCAUGCAAUGAAGUAAUACUUAAAAUGCCCUUAAACGUUUUUUUUUUCUUCUUCAGUGGAAAUGUAUAAACAGGCAUUCUGCUCUGUUUCUCAAGCACUUUGAUCUUGUACAGGUUUACCCUUAUUACCCUCAUUGUCAACAUUCUUGAUAAUUUCUCUCUUUUGCUAAAAUUAUCAAGAGAGAAUUUCACCAUUCUUGCAAAUUUUACUCACAGCUGCAGUUAGCUUUUCAUUUGUCAGAGAUAAAUUGUAGGACUAAAUAUUUUCUCAGUAUAUUCAUAAAUGGGUCUGUCAGGUAUAACUAAGAAGUCUAAACUGGUGCAAACAGUCUAUUCUAAACUCUUUUCAGGUCAAAAACAUCAUGUCUACAAUUAUACAUGUACUUUAGUUUUACAUGUAACUUUGAGAUAAAAUGGCCUGUUAUGUCAAAUUUUGAGAAGCACUGAGCUGUUAUUUAAAUACAGAUAUAUGGGAACUGCAGAGGCUUAUGAAAUAAUCAUGUAAAUUACAUGUAAAGAAUUAGGGAAAGGGAGUGUUAUGUGAACGUCUAAAGUAUGCUAAAGCAUUGUAAGAAGUGAGACUGGUUUAUAUGCAAAUUGAAGAGUUGUGGAUAUGCUGUGUUCAUUUUUGUGUGCAUUUUGUCCGUUAGCAUUAGACUAUUAACAUACUGGAUUUCUGGGUUGAACUAACCAGCAACCAAAGAUGUCUUUUUCAUUUUUUCCUGAUACUAACAUAUUUUGUUUCUCAACUGAUUUUGAAUGUAGUAUAUCCAUUUAAACACACUGAAACUAGACUUCUUUCAGUACUGAUGCAAUUACUUGGUGUCAUUAUCUUUCUAAUCUCUCUUAUGGAUGAACUUGAAAUGUUUUUUUCCACAUUUUAAUCAAAAAUCAGACUAGCUGGUUAUUUGCCUUUGUAAAAUGAUUAGGUAGCACAUCAAACUGCACUGGAGCAUGAAGUAAGAAAUCAUCUGAUUCAAAGUCUUUUUUCCCUAGCUUGUAAUGCCCCUUAGACAUUACGGUACCUGUGAAUUCCUGUCAUUGCUAAACCUUAGAAUUACAUGAUGUGCAGUGUUUUAAGAUGGCAUUUGUACUAUGCAGCCCUUGAUCCUCCACCCAAACCACAUACAAAUAUCCUUUAAAUAUGUUUAAACAAUGAGGUUAUGGCAAAAAAUUGUGUAGCAUUAAUGAGGCAUUAAAUAUAGUAUAUAGUAGAUGAAAUCUGGACAUGUCUUAAUCAAAUUUUUUUCAAAUCUCUGCAGGCUUCAAAAGUAACUGUCAUUUUAGGAUUUUUCAUCUUCUGUACAGCUUUAUCUAGGAAUUAAUUACUGAAAAUGAGUCAUCCUCCUGGAUUUGAAAGAACAGCCAUAACUGAAGUGUGCCUUGCAGCAAGUUGUUUUUUUCACCCAUUGAUAUUUAGGCCAUUUGUUUUUGUUUGUCCCCCUUUUCAUUUUUUCCACCUUAAAUUAUUGAGCUAUCACUGUCAAAUUUUCUCAUGGCAAGAGCUGUCAUCCUAGUGUAAUGCAUGUUAUAAAGCCUUUUUCGUACUGUUGUACACUACAUGGAACACUCCUUAUGUAAAGUAUGUUGUAAUUGUUUUCUUAGUGGUGAACAAUUAAUGUUACUUGAUUUUAUAAAAAUCCUAAUUAAAAGAAAACAAACAAA